GUCCUGUCCCGGUAACCCGGGUUAGUUCAGUUUAGAUAGUCGGACUAACGGGUCUAACUUCCUUUAUCCGAAUAAUAGCGCCAGUAAUUCACUCAUGUAACGGUACUUUGGAUUUGAAACGUACAAAUACUCGAUUACAGAUGAUGAGGUGACCUGCAAGCUGUCAGCAAUGGAGGACCUGUGGACCGUGGCCGUGGCUGUUUUCCAGCUGUGGAUGUUUGUAGUUGUGUUCCUCAUCACGCUGCCCGCCAUGUUCGGCCUCUCUCUGGGUGUCACCAGCGUCUACAUCCAGAUCCUGGUUAAACUCCUUGAGUGGGCCACGAUACGAAUCCAGAGAGGACGCCAGGAGCAGCCCAGCGUACCCGCACCGCUGCCCAACGGGAUCAUCGAGCGAGCGGAGGGCUCGAUGGAGGAGGAGAUGGAGCAGCUGCGGCGUUCUCGGUCUCUGGAAGGCGGUGAGUUUGCUCUGAGUGACGCCUUGUAUUUCUGCAAGAAGGGCCUGGAGAGCAUCGUGGACGACCAGGUGACCCAGCGCUUCUCCUCUGAGGACCUGGCCUCCUGGAACCUCCUGACCCGCACCAACCAGAACUUCCGCUACAUCAGCCUCCGCCUCACCAUCUUCUGGGGCAUCGGUGUGUUCGUGCGCUACUGCGUCCUCUUCCCUCUCAGGAUUGCUCUGGCCAUCAUCGGCCUCUCGUGGCUUGUGAUCGGAACGACUCUGGUUGGAAUUCUGCCUGAGAACAGUGUGAAGUACUGGCUAAGCGAAGUUGUCCACCUGACCUGCUACAGGAUCUGUGCCCGGGCGCUGUCGGCCACCAUCCGCUACCACAACAAAGAGAACCGACCUCAGAAAGGAGGGAUCUGCGUCGCUAAUCACACCACGCCCAUCGAUGUGGUGAUCCUGGCCAAUGACGGCUGCUAUGCCAUGGUGGGGCAGAUUCAUGGAGGUCUGAUGGGGGUCAUCCAGAGGUCGAUGGUGAGGUCGUGCCCUCAUGUUUGGUUUGAGAGGUCGGAGAUGAAAGACCGCCACGCGGUGACCAGCAGGCUUAGAGCUCACGUAGCAGCAAAGACCAAACUUCCCAUCCUUAUAUUUCCUGAAGGAACCUGCAUCAACAACACGUCGGUCAUGAUGUUUAAGAAGGGCAGCUUUGAGAUCGGAGGAACGAUCCAUCCCGUCGCCAUCAAGUACGACCCUCGCUUCGGCGAUGCUUUCUGGAACAGCAGCAAGUACAACAUGGUCAGCUAUCUGCUGCGCACCAUGACCAGUUGGGCCGUCGUCGUCAAUGUGUGGUACCUCCCACCCAUGACCAUACAGGAUGGAGAGGAUGCAGUCCAGUUUGCCAACAGAGUGAAAUCUGCCAUUGCUUGUCGGGGAGGACUGCUUGACCUGGCAUGGGAUGGAAGCCUAAAGCGAGGGAAGGUGAAGGACGCGUAUAAGGAAGAGCAGCAGAAGAUGUACAGCAGGGUCAUCGUCAGGCAGAACGGCAUCAGUGCCACAAACACCCGCAGAGACGAUUAAUCAUAAACAAUCAGUCACAGCAAACUCAGUCGUCUGAUUUUAGACUUUACAGGACAGACCUGAAUGCCACAUCAGACUGUGGGUGCAGGACAGCAUCUCCACCAGCAGGAGGCAGCAUGACACAACACAAUCACCCAUCCAGCUGCUCAUCUCCUCCUCUUCAUCAUCAUCAUCAUCAUCGUUGGCUGCCAGGACUGAACUCUUCAUCACACAGAUGAGGAUGAUUUAUCACGUCAUCAUCGCUGUGUCUGAUUUUAACUUUUGUACGAAUAUCUGAACCAAACUGACACUUCUGCUCACCGUUUAUUUCUCACAUGGACGAAGAAAUAUUUCAUCUGUGUGUCUACACACAACACAACAGAAACCUCUCAAACACAACACAACAGAAACCUCUCUCACACACACACACACACACACACACACAGAUAAAUAAUUCACAUUUUUCCACAAAUCCCUUCUCCAGUAACAAGAAAAAUAAUAAAAGAAUCUGAGAAACGUCUAAAACAGAGAUCGACAUAAUAAAGAAAGUAAACAUUAUUACAAUAUUACAACAUAUAUAUAUAUAUAUAUAUAUAUAUAUACAUAUAUAUGUAUAUAUGUUUAAUAGUCCGUAAAAUGAAAAGAAAGAAAAAGGCAGAGGGAAAAAUAAACAAACAUCAAACUUUUUUAUGCUUAUUUUUAUAUUUGCCCACAUCAGAGAUGAUGUAGUGCAGGAUUCCCAACCUUUGGGAUGAGGUCCUCACUGAGGUGAGAGGUUGAUCUACCUUCUCUUUCUUUAUUAAAAUAAUCAGAAUAUUUAGGAUCCAUGUAAUUAUUUUAUUAUUUGGAGUAAUACAAAAAUGUUUUUAAUUACAAACACAAAUGACAAAUAGUUUUGGGAGUAAAAAGAUUUAAAGAUUACUGCGAAAUGGACUCGAGUUUGAAGUAUUCAGAUUACUUUACUUUACUCCAGUAUUUCCAUGUGUGUUGAUAUUUUGUCACCUGUUAGUGGAGGUUAAAUGAGUCACGUGAGGCCGCGUCUGUCCUUCAGAGCCGACUCUGAGGUCCUUGCCUUGAGAGGGAGGCGGCAGGCGGGCGGCGUGUUUACUGUGACGGCGCUUUAAUAAAGAAAGCAGAGACUGUGAAA